AUGCCACCUUGCACCAACGAAUUCAAGAUUAGAGAAGAAAUCAAUCACGUCUCAUAUGGUGUGAACUCAACAGAUGCUUUAACUUGUGAGAGCGAUAAUUUCGGCAAGGAUGUUUUCCGAAGAACCAAAGACGAUGAGAAACCUGGGAUGUCAGUUGAUGAUUACCAGUUUCUUAACAUUAUGGAUGAUGGUUUUCAAAGAGAUGCAAAUGGUAAUUGGAUCGCUCCACUCCCAUUUCGCCAUCCGCGACCACGACUCCCUAAUAACAAAAGUGUUGCAUUGAGACGAGCAAAGUUGCUGGAAGCUUCACUAAGAAGAAACCCUUUGAAACAAGAACAUUUUCUCACCUUUAUGGAGGGCAUUCUGAGAAAUGGACAUGCUGAGUUAGCACCACAAUUGUCACAUGAUGAGGAAUGCUGGUUCUUACCGAUAUUUGGUGUGUAUCACCCAAAGAAACCAGAUCAAGUGCGAGGAGUCUUUGAUUCAUCAGCGAAAUACGAAGGAUUCUCACUCAAUGAUGUCUUGUUAUCGGGUCCUGAUCUCACAAACAGCCUUCUUGGAGUUCUAAUGCGUUUUCGGAGGGAACCUGUUGCAGUGAUGGCAGAUGUACAGCAGAUGUUUUACUGCUUUAAAGUGAAAGAAAAUCAUCGCAAUUUUCUACGAUUUUUCUGGUUCAAAGACAAUAAUCCUAACAACCCAAUGGUUGAAUACAGGAUGACCGUCCAUGUAUUUGGCAAUCGGCCAUCGCCGGCAGUAGCGACUUACGGGAUUCGUAGAACAGUACUGAAUGCCGAAACAGAAUUUGGACAAGACGUUAGAGAUUUUGUGAUGGACAAUUUCUAUGUAGACAAUGGACUUAUGUCGCUACCUACGGCAUCCGAAGCUACAAGUUUGAUAAGGCGAACACAGAAAGCUUUACUGGUUGAAGGCAAUAUGCGGCUGCAUAAGAUUUCUUCGAACAGCGAGGAAGUUUUGGGUUCGUUUCCAACAGAAGAUCUUGCCAAAGAUAUGAAAGAUCUAGAGUUCGGGAAGGACCUGCUCCCAAGUCAACGGAGUCUUGGUCUUAAUUGGAAUUUGGAUGAUGACAGUUUUUUCUUUGAGGUGACGUCAAAGAAUACAGCAUGCUCUAGAAGAGGAAUUCUUUCCUGUGUGAAUAGUAUAUUUGAUCCCCUGGGAUUCCUUGCACCUGUUGUCAUAGAGGGAAAGAAUAUUUUGAGGACUCUUGUUCAAAGCACUAUUGACUGGGAUACGCCACUCUCAUCAGACCAAAUAGAAGUUUGGGAGCGUUGGAAAGACUCUUUAGUUCAUUUGGGAAAUUUGAAGAUUCCUCGGACAUAUGCACCUAUGUCUUUGGAAAACUGUGUUCACAGAUCAGUCCACGUUUUUUGUGAUGCCUCAGAAAUGGCCAUUGCUGCAGUUGGUUACAUUAAAAUGGCGUCUCACGACAACAAUGAUCAGUAG